ACAAUCACAUUCCACCAUUUAAAUAGGACAAAAUCACUCCACUCUCCAUCAAUUCUCUAAAAAAUGAGAGCCCAUAACCUCCCACUCUUCACCAUUGUGAUACUCCUCCACACAAAUUCAGCACAAUCCGACGCCACUCCCCCAUUUUCAUGUGAUCCAUCAAACCCCUCAACUAAUUCGCUGCCCUUUUGCAACGCUAGUUUGGCCGUCGCCGCCCGGGCCAAGGAUCUCGUCUCGCGCCUCACGCUCGAUGAGAAAGUCCAGCAGCUCGUCAACAACGCCCCCUCCGUCCCCCGCCUCAACGUCUCUGCCUACGAGUGGUGGUCGGAGGCUCUGCACGGCGUUUCCCGCCACGGGAAGGGGAUCACCUUCGGCGGCGCCAUCAAGUCCGCCACCAUGUUCCCCCAAAUCAUCCUCUCUGCCGCCUCCUUCGAUUCCUCCCUCUGGUACCGCACUGCACAGGCGAUUGGGAAAGAGAGCAGGGCGUUUUUCAACGGCGGGCAGGGGAAGGGGAUGACGUUUUGGGCGCCGAAUAUAAACAUCCUGAGGGACCCGAGGUGGGGGAGAGGGCAGGAGACGGCCGGGGAAGAUCCGUUGGUGGCGGGAAAGUACGCGGUGGCGUACGUUAGAGGGCUGCAGGGGGAUAGAUUUGAAGGAGGGGAGAUAAUGAGAGAGGGAAGUCUGAUGGCCUCGGCUUGCUGCAAGCACUACACUGCGCACGACUUGGACAAUUGGAAUGGCGUCGAUCGCUACAGCUUCGACGCCAAAGUGACGAAGCAGGAUAUGACAGAUACGUUCCAACCACCCUUCAAGGCGUGCGUGGAGCAAGGCAAGGCUAGCGGCAUAAUGUGCGCGUAUAAUCGCGUCAAUGGCAUUCCUAGCUGCGCUGAUCGAAAUCUUUUAACUGCAACAGCUCGCCAACAAUGGGGAUUUGAAGGGUACAUUGCAUCGGAUUGCGAUGCCGUUGCUAUAAUUCAUGAUCCCCAAGGCUAUGCCAAAGAACCAGAAGAUGCAGUUGCAGCCGUGCUUAAAGCUGGUAUGGAUGUGAACUGUGGCAGCUAUUUGUUAAAAUACACAAAAUCAGCUGUGGAAAGGAAGAAAGUAUCAGAAUCAGACAUAGACAGAGCCCUUCUCAACCUCUUCUCCAUCCGAAUGAGGCUCGGCCACUUCGACGGCGAUCCGAGAAAGCUCCAAUACGGUGCCAUCAACGCCACCUCCGUCUGCAGCAACGACCACCAAGACCUCGCCCUCGAGGCAGCACGCUCCAGCAUCGUCCUCCUCAAAAACGAAGCCGCCCUCCUCCCUUUCUCCAAGACCUCCACCAAGUCCCUCGCCCUCAUCGGCCCCAACGCCAACUCCUCUGCCAUCUUCACCGGAAACUAUGAAGGCUAUCCGUGCAAAACCGUCUCAAUCCUCCAAGCACUAGACAAUCUCUACAACAUUCCCACCAAAUUUGUUCAGGGCUGUGAGUUUGCAAACUGCACCUCAGUUUCAACUGAUGCAGCAGUGGCCAUUGCGAAGGAGGCGGAUCGUGUUGUCCUAGUCAUGGGGCUGGAUCAGUCGUUGGAGAGGGAGAAGCUCGAUAGGGUCGAGCUCGGGCUGCCCGGGCAUCAAGAGGAUCUCAUCACAGCUGUUGCAGAAGUUGCUGUGAAGCCAGUUGUGCUGGUGCUGCUGUGUGGAGGCCCUGUUGAUGUCUCCUUCGCCAAGAAAAACCCCAAAAUCGGGAGCAUUCUGUGGGCCGGGUAUCCAGGUGAGGCCGGAGGAGUUGCUGUGGCUCAGACUCUGUUUGGAGACAACAAUCCAGGUGGGAAGCUACCGGUUACUUGGUAUCCAAAAGAGUUCAGCAAGGUGGCGAUGACGGAUAUGAGGAUGAGGCCUGAUCCAUCUCAAGGCUAUCCGGGGCGAACCUACAGAUUCUACACUGGUCCGACAGUGUACGAAUUCGGUUAUGGACUCAGCUACACAAACUACACUUACAAGGUAAUCUCAGUCAGCCGUGGCAGCCUCUUUCUGAACAGUUCCUCGGCCGUGAAGAAAUCUGGUUCGAUAUCGGUGUCUGAACUGGGGAGCAAGGGCUGCGAGAGCAUCAAGUUUUCAGCUCAAGUGAGAGUCACCAACCAUGGUUCGAUGGCUGGUAAGCAUCCAGUGUUGUUGUUUGUUAGAAGCAACAACCCCGGAAGUGGUGGUACGAGGAGACAGUUGGUUGAGUUCAAGACUGUGGCAUUGAGUCAGGGAGAGACUAAAGAUAUUGGAUUCGAUAUCAGUCCAUGUGAGAGUUUUAGCCAUGCGGACGAAGAUGGAGCCCUGGUUAUCAAUGAGGGCACCCUCUACAUAGGCGUGGAGGGCGAUGAACGCACUAUUAAUGUUGUAAUCUAAUGUAAGACAUCAAACGUUUCAUUUAUUGGAGUUCCAAUAACAAUAUACAAAAAAAUAAGAUCUAAUACA